UAAAGAUGAACUUUUUCAAGAGGAAGCGGAAACGUGAUGAUGACAAAGAGCUUGUUGAAAGAGAGCCAAAAAAAUCAAGAAUUGUGUCUUUAGUACAGAAGGCAGGACAUAAUUUAAAAGAAAAAAUUGCUGUUGCAGUGAAGGCACUGACUUCACGAACAUAUUCACAGGAUGUGAAAUCAUUCCUUUUCACUACACCUGCUGGGCCACUGAGAUCAGCUCGGUACAUAAUGACUCCAGUGCAACCAUUCAGUGCUGUGAAGUCAUCAAUUGAAUGGAGGAAUCACUCAUACUACAUAUUGGGUACCACAAUAGAAGUUACAGAGAGCCACCAUCAUGAGUUCAAGACUGGUGGAGGAAAUUAUCCAAUCAGUAUACUUCCAGAGGUAUAGAGAGUUCAAUCUGUAAUAAAUAAUUUACAACUUGUGUCCUGCUGUUUGGUUUUUCUG